AUGGAAGAGGAAAUGAAAAGUAAAGUAGUAGAAGUAGCUAGGAAAAGUGACAGGAUUAUAGUCGUGAAAUUGAUAUUUGAGGAAAAAGUGCUGAAUGUCAUAAGUGCCUAUGCGCCACAAGUAGGAUGUAGUGAAAUAGACAAGGAAGUGUUUUGGAGAGAGAUGGAUGAGGUGAUGCAAGAUGUACCUGGCAAUGAGGAUGCGGUGAUAGGUGGAGAUAUGAAUGAAGAUGUAAAUAAUGACAGUAAAGGAUAUGAAAGAGUACAUAUAGGGUAUGGUUUUAGUAGGAAGAAUGAGGCUGGAGAAAGAAUCCUGGAUUAUAAUUUAUAA